AUGGAUUCUUCUGAAAAAAAUAUUGUAAUCGGACCUGAAUUGCCUCCACAUUUAAUAAAUUCAAAAAGUACAGAAAAAAUUGAACAAAAAAAUGAAAUUAUUGGACCCACUCUACCUCCUCAUUUACAAAAGAAUAAUUCUGUAAUUGGACCUCAACUGCCUUCUCAUUUACUUGAAAUGAAAGAUAGUAGCUCCAAUGAAGAAAUCAAAACUGAUGAAAAUAAAUAUGAAAGUAAAAGUAGUUACAUUGGACCAGUUUUACCUGCUCAUUUACAAAACCCACAACAAAAAUUACCAAUCCCUUCAAAUUUGGAUAUAAAUAGUGAUGAAGAUGAUGAAGUUUAUGGACCAUUACCUGUAGGAAAUGAAAAACUAAAUCCAGCUCAAAUUGCUUUGGAAGAAAGAGCAAUUCAAAUAAAACUUGAUAAAUUAACAAACAAUAAAAAUAAACAAAGUAGAGAAGAAUGGAUGUUGGAAUUACCUGAAGUUAAAGCUGCUAAUUUUGGUCUUGGUCCAAGACAAUUCAGAAGUAAAACUGGACCAGAUAUGUCUGACAGAUCCUCAUGGACUGAUACACCUAGUACAAAGAAAAAUAAGAAACAGAAAACUAACAUGGAUGAUUUGAAAACCAGCACUGAGGAAAUAGAGAUUAAUAAAAAAGAUCUUCAACAAGAGGCCAUAUCCAAAAAACACAAAAGAAAUAAGGAAAGUUUGGUAGAAAUUCAUCAAAAGAAACUUAAAAAUGAUAAAAAGGAACAAUCAGGCAGUGGUGAAAGAAGACCAUUUAAUAGGGAAACUGAUCUUCAAGUAAACCGUUUUGAUGACGCUCAAAAAAAGGCAGUACUAAAAAAGGCGCAACUUUUAGACGACCGAUUUUCAACUGGCAAAUCAAAAUUUUUGUAACUUAUUUAAUUAUAAUUCUUAAUAAAAAUUAA